CUAUUGAGAUUCGAAAGAGAAAAAAAAAAACAGAGACGUGUUCUAAUCCGGAACCCAGUUCAGUCUCUUCAUCAGAAUCAAGCUGGAAAUUCGCACUGACUGACUCAACUCGCCGGGAAACGCCGCCGGCGUUGGUAAUCUCCACCGCGAUUCAUAGGAUCCAAAAGCCUUGGUUAAAAGUCAUGUCGGUUCCUGAUGAAGAAAACUUGCCGUCACAGUCACAGCUUUCAUCUCACUUUUUCUCGGAUCUCCUUGAUUCCAUUAUAGUUGACGUGGCAUCAGAGUGUCACAGAGUAGCCAAGCUAGGGCUUGACGCUAAUUUGGAUGAAGAAGAUGAAGAGUUGAAGUUAUCAGCACAAGCCAGGGUUAGAGUGGCUGAUCCUAGUAAUAGUAAUGAAACAAAUGGCAAGUAUGUGGUGGACAUAUUCGGACAAAAUCAUCCUGCCGUAGCAACUGAAAUAUUUGAGUGCAUGAAUUGCGGCCGAACUAUCGCGGCAGGGAAGUUUGCUCCUCAUUUGGAGAAGUGCAUGGGGAAGGGUAGGAAGGCUCGUUUGAAGGUAACAAGAAGCAGCUCAGGCGCACAAAACCAGAACCGGUAUUCACGAGGAAAUUCUGUUUCUACAUAUUCAAAUCACACUAACAACAAUAGUAGCGCGACCCGGUUGGCAAAUGGAAACCAUAGUUUUGCAAGUGGGGAGCACUCAAACGGGACAUCCCCGCCAUGAACUAGUGUUUCGAGUUUAUCAGAUGUAAAACAUGAUCUUUGAGCUUAUUAAAAAAAAUAAAAAUCAGAUGUAAAACAUGAAGCUUGUUUUAAUGGGAGAGCUUCAUGAUGUAUUAAAAUAUAGUAUUUAUCUUAUCUUAUAUUUUGGACGCAAAUUCUACCUUUUGUUUGCUCUAUUUAUACAUCAACGAUGUUUUAUACUUUGGAGUUUUACAUAAUAACAUUUCAUUGUAAUUUUCUUGAUCA